UUGGAGUGACGGGGGCGGGUUGAGGAGCAUUCUCGCCGUAUGGGAAGAGUAUAAGGGCCGCCUGUCUGGCUCCACCGCCCGCACCUGCUGCUGAGAAGCCUCUGGCUGAGGUACCGCCCCCAGCCCCCGCCUGGGUCCGCGCGCACUCUGCACUGGCCCUUUAAGAGCGGCGGCCGUGGAUCGCGGGGAGGAGGGUCGGGAGCGCCCGGAGCUGCGCGGAAUUCGCCGGGAACGUCGGGCGCCGGCUCCCUGGCUCGCUCUCUAGCACCGACCGGUUCCCUGCGCCUCAUCGCUGGCCUGCACGGGCACCCCGGCCCAUUCGGUGCCGGGAGAGCAGGACCCACGGGCGGGGGGCGCGCGUUCUGGGCAGCGCCCGGCCCGGGCAUGGACAGAAGGGGCUGGGCGCGCGGGGGGCGCCGCGGGUUCGGGCGGCCGGAGCGCUGAGACAAAGGCUCAGGGAGCUGCGCUUGCUCUUGGGAGCCGGGCCCCAGGCGCUGAGGCUGCAGGACCCCGAGGCGGGCGGCUCUGGCCCACUCUCUCCCCCGUGGGCCGGUUCCGUGUGCCCGGACCGGCCCGGCCCGCUUCUCCUUGGCCGUGGGAAUUUGCCGAGGAGACCUAAGCGGCUCCGGCGGCGACGGCUAUCAGUUGGUCUGCCGCGCUCCCGCCGGGCGGGGAACCAGGGAGCGUCGCAAGUUUCCUAGCCGCGUGCGGGGACCCGGCGCCGGCGAGCGAGAGAGCCCCGCGGGCAGCGCUCUGGGCCAGGCUGGGCGCUGAGGGCAUGGGCAGCGACCGGAGCGCGCCCGCACGGCCGGGCUGGGCAAGCAGUCUUCUUAGCGGCCGGGAGGCGGCUGAGCGGCCGCGACUGCUACAGCUGCUGCUGGUGCUUCUGAGCUGCCUGGGCCCCUGCGCAGUGGCGGAGGACGCAGAAGUCAAUGCCGAGAACUGGCUGCGGCUCUACGGCUACCUGCCCCAGCCCAGCCGCCACAUGUCCACCAUGCGCUCCGCCCAGAUCCUGGCCUCGGCCCUUGCUGAGAUGCAGCGCUUCUAUGGGAUCCCGGUCACUGGUGUGCUGGACGAAGAGACCAAGGCGUGGAUGAAGCGGCCCCGCUGUGGGGUACCAGACCAGUUCGGGGUACGCGUGAAAGCUAAUCUGCGGCGGCGGCGGAAGCGCUACGCCCUCACUGGGCGGAAAUGGAACAACCACCACCUGACCUUCAGCAUCCAGAACUACACAGAGAAGCUGGGCUGGUACCACUCCCUGGAGGCGGUGCGCCGGGCCUUCCGCGUGUGGGAGCAGGCCACACCCCUGGUCUUCCAGGAGGUGCCCUAUGAGGACAUUCGGCUGCGGCGGCAGAAGGAGGCUGACAUCAUGGUACUCUUUGCCUCUGGCUUCCACGGCGACAGCUCACCAUUUGACGGCACGGGUGGCUUUCUGGCCCACGCCUAUUUCCCUGGCCCUGGCCUAGGCGGGGACACCCAUUUCGAUGCAGAUGAGCCCUGGACCUUCUCCAGCACUGACCUGCAUGGCAACAGCCUCUUCCUGGUGGCAGUGCACGAGCUGGGCCACGCGCUGGGGCUGGAGCACUCCAGCAACCCCAGCGCCAUCAUGGCGCCGUUCUACCAGUGGAUGGACAUCGACAACUUCCAGCUGCCCGAGGACGACCUCCGGGGCAUCCAGCAGCUCUACGGCACCCCGGAUGGUCAGCCACAGCCCACCCGGCCUCUUCCCACUGUGACUCCUCGGCGGCCAGGCCGGCCAGACCACCGCCCUCCCCGGCCGCCUCAGCCACCACCUCCAGGCGGGAAGCCGGAGCGGCCCCCAAAGCCAGGUCCCCCAGCCCAGCCCCGAGCCACAGAGCGGCCUGACCAGUAUGGCCCCAACAUCUGCGACGGGGACUUUGACACGGUGGCCAUGCUGCGUGGGGAGAUGUUCGUGUUCAAGGGCCGCUGGUUCUGGCGGGUCCGGCACAACCGCGUCCUGGACAACUAUCCCAUGCCCAUCGGGCACUUCUGGCGCGGUCUGCCCAGUGACAUCAGUGCUGCCUACGAGCGCCAAGAUGGGCGUUUUGUCUUUUUCAAAGGUGACCGCUAUUGGCUCUUCCGAGAAGCCAACCUGGAGCCUGGCUACCCACAGCCGCUGACCAGCUACGGCCUGGGCAUCCCCUACGACCGCAUCGACACAGCCAUCUGGUGGGAGCCCACGGGCCACACCUUCUUCUUCCAAGAGGACAGGUAUUGGCGCUUCAAUGAGGACACGCAACGUGGAGACCCUGGAUACCCCAAGCCCAUCAGCGUGUGGCAGGGGAUCCCCGCCUCCCCUAAGGGGGCCUUCCUGAGCAACGAUGCAGCCUAUACCUACUUCUACAAGGGCACCAAAUACUGGAAGUUUGACAACGAGCGCCUUCGAAUGGAGCCCGGUUACCCCAAGUCCAUCCUGCGGGACUUCAUGGGCUGCCAGGAGCACGUGGAGCCGGGGCCCCGAUGGCCAGACGUGGCCCGUCCACCCUUCAACCCCGACGGGGGCGCCGAGCCCGGGGCAGGCGGUGACAGCCAGGAGGACCACGAGGCGGGCCCGGGCGGCGGAGAGGGGGACUUCGGGGCCGGGAAAGACGAGGACGGGGGCAGCCGCGUGGUGGUGCAGAUGGAGGAGGUCACGCGGACGGUGAACAUGGUGAUGGUGCUGGUGCCCCCGAUGCUGCUGCUGCUCUGCAUCCUGGGCCUCACCUACGCCCUGGUGCAGAUGCAGCGCAAGGGCGCGCCCCGCAUGCUUCUGUACUGCAAGCGCUCCCUGCAGGAGUGGGUCUGACCCUCCACACCAGCCCCUCCUGCUCCUCACGGUGCUAUGGGGCUGGGUUGGCCAUGCCUGUGGUUCUGAGAUGGCUCCUGGGGCCUUUCAGUGGGAGCCUUCGGGGGCUCCCUCAGCCCCUGGGUGGGGGCCCCUCCAGGCCCUCCAAAAUCCCUGCCAGCCCCGUCUCCCUGUUUAUUUAUGCCCAAGUGUCUUUUUUUUUUUUUUUUUUUUUUUUUUUUUUUGCACACUAAUUGAACAUUUCUUCCUACUUUCCUGACCGGGGCUGUCCCUCGGGGCAGGGGGUUUGUGUUUUCUAAAUGUAGUUCUGCACCAGACAGGGAAUUAUGCCCCCACCCACCUCAGCUCAUUCAUGGCCAGAGGAGAGGAGGGUCAGAGGCUGGGUCGGAAGAGUAGCCAAAGGGCAGUGGGCUUGGGGUUGUUCUUCCCAUCCUGGGCUGUUGACUUUGGAGCCUGGUGGGGUCUACCUGGUCUCCACCGCCCUGAGUCUCUCUCUAGUCGUAGGAAGAACUUUCAGAGGGGAAGAGGGGGAGGGGGCGGUGGGGGCAGGGAAGGGGGAGGGGGCCUGCUGACCAAAAAUGAGUCCUGUUGAGGUUCCUUCCCAGCCCACCUCUGACAACCCCAGCAGCCCGAGUACCCUGUGCCCAAGAACCCUGACCCGCCCCUGGCCAGCAUGGGGCCAGCAGCCCCUGGCUCCCCUGUACCCCUCGAGCCCACAGCUCCUUCUCUCUCUGGAGAAGGGGCACUGGGCCUGCCUUACCAAGGACCAAAGGGGGUCUGCCAAGGCCCCUCCCGCAAGAGGAGCACCGGCCUCACCCCUCAGGCUGGGCUUCCAGACCCCUGCCUCCUUUCUCCUCUCUGAGCUGUGAUCCAGCUGGGCUCUUUCCAUGGGCCUCCUCCCACCCUCUCUCACUGCCCCCACACCGCCAGUCUCAGGGGUCUCAGUACCCCACCAGUCUCAGGCUCAGCUGCCAGUAUCCUGGCUUGCCAAGGGGAGAAGGGGCUGAUGGGUGUCCAGGCUGGGUGGUAGAUGUCCACAGACAGGGACCCACCAGGCUUGGGCGUUUCUUCCUUUCCGGCGCCCUGUUCCUCAGGGCACUGGAAGGAGGGAGAGGCCAGCAGCUCGCCCCCUCACACAGACUGUGGGACGGGGCUGUGGAGCCCCCAGAGGAGCCCGCUGUAGGCUGGAGACCCCUCCUCCUGGGCUUAGUCCUGAGGGCAGAGACGCCUCCUCCUCCUUGUCCUUCCCAAAGUAAGCAGGAGGCGAGGCUGCUGUGGGACAUGGUACUGUAGAGCCGGCUCUGUCCCUCUGCCUCCCUGCAGCCCUGAGCAAGCGGGUCUGCCACCCAGAACCCCUGCGGCCCCUGGGGGAGGGGCUUCUCAUGGGCUGGCCCCCAGCGCGAGCCCACUCUCCUCCCCAUCCUCAGAACCAUCGGAGAGCCAGCCGAGGGGGGCGGGGAGGGGGAGGGGGUCUGCCCCCAUACGGUUUUUUCUGUAAAUACUCUGCACUGAUUAAACUGUACGGGCCGGCAA